UCUGCUGGUGAGAGGAGCGUCUGGAGCAGGGCCUGGACCAUGUCCCAGCUGGUAGAAUGUGUCCCCAACUUCUCGGAGGGGAAGAACCAGGAGGUGAUCGACGCCAUCUCCCGAGCGGUGGUGCAGACCCCGGGCUGCGUGCUGCUGGACGUGGACGCUGGCCCCUCCACCAACCGCACCGUCUACACCUUCGUGGGGCGCCCCGAGGACGUGGUGGAGGGGGCCCUCAACGCCGCCCGGGCCGCCCACCGGCUCAUCGACAUGGGCAGGCACAGAGGGGAGCACCCUCGGAUGGGCGCCCUGGACGUGUGCCCCUUCAUCCCAGUGCGGGGCGUCACCAUGGACGAAUGCGUGCUCUGUGCUCAGGCCUUUGGCCAGCGGCUGGCAGAGGAGCUGGGUGUGCCGGUGUACCUGUACGGCGAGGCAGCACGGACGGCCAGCCGCCAGUCUCUGCCGGCCAUCCGGGCCGGGGAGUACGAGGCCCUGCCUGAGAAGCUCAAGCAGGCUGAGUGGGCGCCCGACUUCGGCCCCAGCUGCUUCGUCCCCAGCUGGGGGGCCACUGUCACGGGGGCGCGGAAGUUCCUCAUCGCGUUCAACGUCAACCUGCUCAGCACCAGGGAGCAGGCGCACCGCAUCGCCCUCGACCUGCGGGAGCAGGGCCGCGGCAAGGACCGGCCAGGACGCCUGAGAAAGGUGCAGGGCAUCGGCUGGUACCUGGAUGAGAAGAACCUGGCUCAGGUGUCUAUGAACCUCCUGGACUUUGAGGUCACAGGGCUGCACACGGUCUACGAGGAGACCUGCAGAGAAGCCCAGGGGCUGAGCCUCCCGGUGGUGGGCUCGCAGCUGGUGGGCCUGGUGCCUCUGAAGGCCCUGCUGGACGUGGCCGCCUUCUACUGCGAGAAGGAGAACCUCUUCAUCCUGGAGGAGGGGCAGCGGCUCCGGCUGGUGGUGAACCGGCUGGGCCUGGACUCCCUGUCACCCUUCAACCCCAAGGAGCGGAUCAUCGAGUACCUGGUCCCCGAGGCCGGCCCAGGGCAGAGCCUGGUCGACCAGCCCCUGCGCACCUUCGUCCGUGAGGUGGGCGCCCGCUCGGCAGCCCCGGGGGGCGGUUCCGUGGCCGCAGCCAGUGCAGCCAUGGGCGCCGCGCUGGCCUCCAUGGCCGGCCUGAUGACCUACGGGCGGCGCCAGUUCGAACACCUGGACGCGACCGUGCGGCGCCUGAUUCCCCCCUUCCACGCGGCCUGGGCUGAGCUGACGGCGAUGGUGGACGCCGACGCCCGGGCCUUCGAGGCCUACCUGACCUGCAGAUGCCGGAGGAAAAGCAAGGUCCCCAAGGAAGAGCUCCCAUCCCGGGAAGGGCGGGAACAGGAAUCUUCACAGAAGAAACGCUGAGAGUCAUGGUCUCGGAGAUCAGAGAAGACGUUCAGCCACGAGACACAAAGGGCCCCCGGGGAGCCGGGCACCUUCAGCAGCACAGGACGUGGGCGGCUGCCUCCAGGGAGUGCCCAUCCAGGGGGCAGCGGAGGAGGGACGUCCAUCAGACCGGGCGGGGGAUGGGGAACUUGCAGGAAGGUCAAGAAGCCCCAGGCGUGUCUGAGGGCAGAUCCAGCAGAGAGGACCCGGGAGGGGCGGGAGUGAGGGCGCUCGGACCCCACGGGGGUAGGAAGACACGCCUGGGAAGGAAUGAGCUCCCAGCAGACAGCAGGCAUCCAGAGUCGCCUCGGGGGUGGGGGGGGACGGGGCAGGAGGACCUGGGCCAGGCGACCUCGGGAGGUGACCUUGGGGACUGCUGGGCUGGGCGCCCCGAUGUGAGUGCUGCAUCCGCACGGGGACAGUCUAGGAUGUCGCAUUGCGGGAGGAGGUGACCCUGUGACAGAAGCUGGGUCCCUGGGGGCGGGGUACAGAGACUGAUCACCUUUCCCCUAUGCGCUUUUACGUUUUAAUUUCGUUUAUUUGCU